GGGAGCCCCGCGGCCUCCGCGCGCGCCGUUUUUCCGCCUUCGGAGCGGGAGCCCUCCCAAGCCGAGGGGGGAAAAACCGGGACUGCAUUUUCCCGUUGAGGCCUUGGCCAUCGCUAGCUGUGCACCGCCUGGCGGUGGCUACGGCAGGUAACUGAGCGCCUUCAACCUGCCGGGUCCUAAGAACAUUCGGCCCAUUAGAAGAAAUGGAUCUCUGAUACACUGGGACUACAGCAAAGGCCUACAUCUGUGAUGGAUGUCAUGAGAAAGUUUUUAUCACAGGAACCCCCUAUGUAGCGAGGCGCGGAGGCCGGCUCUCGCAACUCAAGAUGGCGGACGAGAGUGAGACAGCAGUGAAGCCGCCGGCACCUCCGCUGCCGCAGAUGAUGGAAGGGAACGGAAACGGCCAUGAGCACUGCAGCGAUUGCGAGAACGAGGAGGACAACAGCUACAGCCGGGGUGGUUUGAGUCCAGCCAAUGACACUGGAGCCAAAAAGAAGAAAAAGAAACAAAAAAAGAAGAAAGAGAAAGGCAAUGAGACAGAUUCAGCCCAGGAUCAGCCUGUGAAGAUGAACUCUUUGCCAGCGGAGAGGAUCCAGGAAAUACAGAAGGCCAUUGAACUAUUCUCAGUGGGCCAGGGUCCUGCCAAAACCAUGGAGGAGGCUAGCAAGCGAAGCUACCAGUUCUGGGACACGCAGCCUGUCCCCAAACUGGGAGAAGUGGUGAACACCCAUGGUCCCGUGGAGCCUGACAAAGACAACAUCCGCCGGGAGCCCUACACCCUGCCCCAGGGCUUCACCUGGGAUGCCUUGGACCUGGGGGACCGUGGUGUGCUGAAAGAACUCUAUGGCCUCCUGAAUGAGAACUACGUGGAGGAUGAUGACAAUAUGUUCCGGUUUGACUACUCCCCGGACUUUCUGCUAUGGGCUCUCCGGCCACCUGGCUGGCUCCCCCAGUGGCACUGCGGGGUUCGAGUGGUCUCAAGUCGGAAACUGGUUGGGUUCAUCAGUGCCAUCCCAGCAAACAUCCACAUCUAUGACACAGAGAAGAAGAUGGUAGAGAUCAACUUCCUGUGUGUCCACAAGAAGCUGCGCUCCAAGAGGGUGGCUCCAGUCCUGAUCCGGGAGAUAACCCGGCGAGUUCACCUGGAGGGCAUUUUCCAAGCUGUUUACACUGCCGGGGUGGUAUUACCAAAGCCUGUUGGCACCUGCAGGUACUGGCAUCGGUCCCUGAACCCACGGAAGCUGAUUGAAGUGAAGUUCUCCCACUUGAGCAGAAAUAUGACCAUGCAGCGUACCAUGAAGCUCUACCGACUGCCAGAGGCUCCCAAGACAGCUGGGCUGCGACCAAUGGAAAAAAAGGACAUUCCAGUAGUGCACCAGCUCCUCACCAGGUACCUGAAGCAGUUCCACCUCACGCCAGUCAUGAGCCAGGAGGAGGUGGAGCACUGGUUCUAUCCCCAGGAGAAUAUCAUUGACACUUUUGUAGUGGAGAAUGCGAAUGGUGAGGUGACAGAUUUCCUGAGCUUUUAUACGCUUCCCUCCACCAUCAUGAACCAUCCAACCCACAAGAGUCUAAAGGCUGCUUAUUCUUUCUACAACGUCCACACCCAGACCCCUCUUCUAGACCUCAUGAGCGACGCCCUUGUCCUCGCCAAAAUGAAAGGGUUUGACGUGUUCAAUGCACUGGAUCUCAUGGAGAACAAAACCUUCCUGGAGAAGCUCAAGUUUGGCAUAGGGGACGGCAACCUGCAGUAUUACCUUUACAAUUGGAAAUGCCCCAGCAUGGGAGCAGAGAAGGUUGGGCUGGUGUUACAAUAAUCAGUUGCCAGUGAGAGUCUGGAUAAAGCCACUGAGAAGUCACACCAGGAAAUGGAACCCCACCACUUGUUGGUCCAAUUUUCACAAACGUGAGAAUCCCUGGCAAAGGGAACAGAACUGAACCGGCUUUACCAAACCGCCGCUGAACUUGACAAUUGUAUUGCAAUGGCGUAGGCUGCGUGAUGUCACCUCCGGCCGUGUGAUGUCACCUCCGGCCGUGUCUCUGGUCUCCCUGUUUUCCAAUUAAUCACAUCCUUCUGCAGCCGUGAUCAAGGGAAUGUAACUGCUGAAAACUAGCUCGUGAUUGGCAUAUUAUGGAGUUAACGGGUGAAUAAUAAAAGUAUAUAUAUAUAUAUAUUAUAUAUAUAUAAAUAUUUUAAAUAUCUUUCCUGUUCCAAAUGUACAAGGAUGUUUGGUCUCUAAUGAAAAACUGAAUCCAGGUCAUUCCUCAGAAUUAGAAUCCAAGGACAGUGCCAGAGAAACAUAUGUUGGUACAGUGAAUUGUUUUGUUCUGAAAGCAGGCAUUGACUUUUCUUGGGGGAGCAGGAGAAACAGAAUGUGGGGAAUCUUAUCUAGUCCCCCUUCUGGAUGGGCUGAAAUGAUUAGCUUUGAGAAGGCAAGGACAGGUGGAGGGACAGUGCCGAGCUGGGGGUGGGCUGAGAGGUCACAGAACUGCAGGUGGAGUCCUGGGUGGAGCUGACCCUACUGGGGCUGUCCUGCAGGAGCCAGGCCUUUUCUGCAUCCUGACAUUGGGCAGUGGGGACCAUCUGUGGAAGCAGAGUUCAUUUAUGGGGUCCCUUCUUCCAUCCUUGCCCUGCUCUGUGGGAAGUCAUCCUGCCAACUGAUUUUAAAGGGCUCUUUAGCUAGCUGUUGCCAACCUUAUAGGGUUGAGUCGCAUGGGACAUUGUUUUUCACUGCCUGGGGUGACUGGCAGUUUGAAGGGGACCUCUGACCUCCUUGUAGCAUCUGGGACCUUGUGGAGACCAUACCAGUGCAAUCCCUGCUUAGCUCAUCGUAGAGCAAAGAGCCAGCACCCUGAUAGCCCUAGGGUGGCUGGCCAAGGAUGGCAUGGGGACAAUACCCAGACCCCUUUAGCCACCAGCCCCUGGCCUGUGCCUUCCAAUCCAUUAGCCAUCACUUGUGCUCCUUUCUAAGAUGCAUAACUUGCAAGUAGUAGCAAGGAGCAGUGUCCAGACGCCGAUCUGGAUUUGACAGCAGAAAUGAUCUCGUGUCGCCAUUGUCUGAAUCUCAUUUUCGCUGGUGAUGUCUUGUGAUCUUUGUGGUGGUGGUGGUGACGGUGACGGUUAUUGAUGCUGCCAGUUUCUCCAAAAGCAAUGGAGCCUCAGGUCACGUGGCUGUCCGCGUAGGCAUUCCUCAGCUGCGCUCAGCCAAGUCCCUUGGGGAGCAUUGAGCUGUGGAAUUGUCAGAAACCCACAUCCAAGCUUGUGUAUAACUUUGCAUUGGGAGAAGGUAGACAGGAGAGCAGGGCAUGUGCGUGAGCGAGACCUGGCUGCUUUCACCUCUCGGCCACUUCUGGUGGGGAGGAAGGUUUAGCCGACUCUCAUAAACUGAAGCCAUGCUCUGCAGGCUAACAGAGCUGAGUUUCAGGCUUUGGGUUUGCCAGAAGGCUAAUUGUGCAGAGUCCCCAGAGCUGGAGGAAAUCGUGUGCUGGGGCUGGGGGCUGUGCCACCUGUGCCACCUGUGCCACCCGCUCUGGAGAUGGCUUGCUGGGCCCAGCCUGCCCUCCACUGUUCUGCAUUCUCAUCAGCGGCCUCUAGGGGCCUCCCUUCUCCCCGUUGUUCCCGUGCUGCAAACUGCAUGCACCAGCGAUCAUGGCUGACCUGUGACUCCUUGACUCCAAGAUACCCAGACCAAAGAAGCUGCUGUUCUUAGCAAGAUGUGCACUGCAUUCUACAGACAGGAGGAGUUGGAGAGGCAGGGGCUUGCCUUUACAGCCUCACAGACAGCAGCCAGCCAACACCCCGAGUCCCAGAGCAGCUUACCCUGUGCAUGCAUCUGAGGAUAUCAGAGAACAAAGUGCCCGACUCUUUCCUACCUGGGGCAGGACCUGGAACUUGGAAAGGCUUCCUGUGCUAGGCUUGGUCAGCUCUGGGCCAGGUCCCAGGGCAAGCUGCUGCUGAGGUUAGGUGUGCAUAGCAGCCUCUGGAGUGAGCUUUGCCUCAGCUGACCCAGGCCACAGGAUGGAAACCAGGAGUCCAUGGCUGCUCUGGAAGAAACCGGUCUCCUGGAAAGGCCCCCCGUAUCUCCCUCCAAGACCGCAUGGCCUGCUUCUUGGACUCUGCUGUUGUGUCAUGGUAGGGACCCUGCCCAGCCCUAGCCCUGAGCACCGCCUCCCUGGGCUGCAGGAGUCAGCUUGGUCCCUGCUCUUCAUCUUUUUGUCCAAACAGUUCCCGAGUUCUUCACUCCACCCCUUCCAGGACUUCAGGUCAGAGAGCUCAGAGAGAACCAUUGCUUGGGGUCCAAGGCCUCCUCAUAAGGAGCCCUGCAGGAUGGUGGAGCCCCAGCCAGCGUGAAUCAAGCAAGGGAACAACCCUGGGGCCUCCAAGCUCUUCACCUGGGACCUGCCUCAGGCAGCCAUUGUUUGAGGGCCUCCAGGGCGUGGCCCUCACUCUCUGCCACCAGUACUCCCUGUUCGUACCACUGGGCUUUUUGGACUCCCAUGUUUCCAGAUGUUUACCUCUGCCUUUGGAUUGACUACAUUUGACACCUGGGCAGUCUUAUGGCCUCUGAUCUCUGUUUAGGGAGAGAGCUGGGUAGAAAGGAGGCCUUGGCUCUGGGUGGAGGCGUAUAUAGGGCUUGUCCCCCUGCCCCCACCAUGCCUGCUUUCAAAGACACAUCCAGUUUGAAGGCUGGCCCACACCAAGCCACCUCAACACCCAGUUUAUGGGAAAUUCAGGCCUUGCCUGCAACUCUCACCUAACUGCCAUUGACCCCCUGACUCGCUGGCUCACUGAAGCCCAGGCAUGGGGGUCCCUGCAGUCUGAAUUCUUUGCCUAAAGAUGACCAGCAUUUAACCAACUGAAGGGAUGGCCCAAAGGCCUGUAGCUUCACGAAGCUGCAAUCUGGGAGAGGAUGAGGACCUGGUUGUCAGGCCAGGGGAGCAUAUGCAUGAGCAUAUCCCUGGCCAGUGCCCACCCCCCCAGGGGGCGGCCUUCUUGUGGCCUGACCCACCUGCUCCGGAACCAGAGGAGACGCAAAUCAUCUUUGGUUUUGCCCUACAGCAAAGUGAAGGCAGGCCUGCCAACAGGCUGUCUCCUAGGAGGUUGUGUGGGACGUUCUCAUUCAGUUAAAUUCAGAGAUACUGACUGCAGGCAAGGUGUGCCGAACCUGGGAACAGGAGGGGGAAGCUUCACUUUUUGUCUGAGCUUUUCUCUGGGCUGUGGGAGGGACAUCCAUUUCCAGGGUGGGGGAGGAAGUACCAAAUGCAUUGUAGUUCCACUGGUUACAUCUCACUUGUUUCUAAUAAAGGAAGCAGCUGAACCAAA